UUCUCUCACCAGUGCUUCUCGCCUCUUCUUGAAGAAUGAACCCAUGAGUGUAAACCCUUUCAUGAAUGCGAUGCUUGACCCCAUGUUGACCAAGCCUUGGUAUCGUUUAGCCUCUUGGUUCCAAAAUGACGACAUCAACCCUUUUUAUACACAGCAUGGAACCACACUUUGGGGCUGUGCUAACUGUGACCCAAAUUUAAACCACUUCUUCAACAAUGGAAUGGGUAGUGAUUCUCAAUUGGUUGGCAAAGUGCUAGUCAACAACAAGAAUAGAAAGGUAUUUGAGGGAUUAAACUCAUUGGUGGACAUAGGAGGCGGGACUGGAACUCUAGCCAAGGCCAUUGCUGAUGCAUUUCCACAAUUGGAUUGCACUGUAUUUGAUCUUCCUCACGUUGUGGCUGGCUUGGAGGACAUAAAAAACUUGAAAUUUGUUGGAGGAGACAUGUUUGAAGCGAUUCCACCAGCAGAUGCAUUUUUAUUGAAGUGGAUUCUACAUGACUGGAGUGAUGAGGAAUGUGUGAAAAUACUUAAUCGCUGCAAAGAAGCAAUAAAGAAGAAUGGAAAAGGUGGGAAAGUUAUCAUAAUAGAUAUGGUGAGGAUGAAUGAAGGAGACAAGGAGUCGAUUGAAACACAGCUUUUCUUUGACAUGAUGAUGAUGGUGUUGGUUACUGGAAAGGAGAGGAAUGAGGAAGAAUGGGCUAAGUUGUUCUUCGAAGCUGGUUUCAAUGGAUAUAAGAUACUCCCUAUAUUGGGUGUACGAUCUCUCAUUGAGGUUUAUCCAUGAUGGAGAUUGUGUUUUAAUCAUAUUUCAAGAUUAAUUGUCUACGCCCUACAUGCAAUAUCAUAUUUGCAUAUCAUUGUAAUGGAAUAAAAUCGGGGUAUUAAGUCUUUGGGUAUCUAGGCUUUAAUAUAAAGUGCUGCUUCUGUGAUUUGUUAGUGAACUAGUAUAAUGUGUUACUACUUUGUAUUAGAGUGCAGACUUCUUGU